AUGGCCGACCAAAUAUCACCGGAACGCUCCAUUGACGAGAAGCGUCCUUACACCUCUGGUGCUGAGCCUGCUCACGCUCCCGGUCUCACCACUGAGGACUACGAGGGCAAGCCCACCGAGGAGGAGCGCAAGACUCUCCGUCGUAUUCCUGGCUCUCUGCCCACUGUCGCUUACCUGAUCUGUGUGGUCGAGUUCUGUGAGCGUGCUUCAUACUACGGAUGUCAGCCCUUGUUCAGCAACUUUGUCAACCGUCCCAUGCCUGUUGGGGGUAACGGAUAUGGUGCACCCGCAGAAGGCACUCAGCAGACCGCUGGUGCUCUUGGCAUGGGUACCGUCAAGGCCAACGCUGUUUCUCAAUCAUUCUCCCUGCUUUGCUACGCCCUUCCCCUGAUCUUCGGUUACCUUGCCGAUGCAAAGACUGGUCGUUUUAAGCUCAUUUGCUGGGGUGUUUUGCUUUUCGGUAUUGCCCACGUGCUUCUGGUUGGCGCUUCCGCUCCUGGUCUUCUCGCCUCUGGUGCCGCCAAGACCCCCUUCUUCAUCUCCGUUUACCUUCUUGCUGUCGGUUCCGGUAUCUUCAAGCCCAAUGUCUCGCCUCUUCUCCUCGACCAAAUGCCCGAGACUGUGCCCGUUGUGACCACCACCAAGAAGGGUGAGAAGGUUAUCAUUGACCCCGAAGCCUCUACCGAGCGUGCCAUGCUCUGGUUCUACCUUCUCAUCAACAUCGGAGGUUUCAUGGGUGUAGCUACGGCCUACUGCGAGAAGUACGUCGGCUGGUGGUUGGCUUUCCUCAUCCCUCUCAUCCUCUACAUCCCUCUUCCCCUCCUUCUCUGGUUCCUUCGCAAGCGCCUCGUCCUCCACCCUCCAGGCGGUUCCGAUCUCCCCAACGUCUUCAAGGUCCUCAGCAUCUGCUUCCGCGCUGGCGGUCUCAAGAGAAUUGGCCGUCACGGUUUCUGGGAGCCUGCUAAGCCAUCGGUCAUUGCUGCCCGUGGCACCGGUUACCACACUGAGUGGAGCGACCAGUUCGUCGAGGAUGUGCGCCGCACCUUCCAGGCCACUGGUAUCUUCUGCUUCUUCCCCAUCCAGUACCUCAACGACAACGGUAUCGGUUCUGCCGCUUCUUACCUGACCACUAUGCUCACCACCAACGGUGUCCCCAACGACGUCAUCAGCAACUUCAACUCUCUGUCCAUCAUCCUCAUGGCUCCCGUCCUGAACUACGGUCUCUACCCUAUGCUCCGUCACUUCCACAUCCGCUACGGCCCUGUUGCUCGCAUGACCACCGGUCUUGCUCUCUCCACUCUCGGAGGCAUCGGCUACACCGUCCUGAACUCCUACGCCUACAAGCUCGGCCCUUGUGGCAAGUACGGCUCCAGCGAGACCUGUGUUGACGCCGACGGUGUCUCGCUCGUCGCCCCCAUCACCAUCUGGUGGGUCGCCAUCCCCUACGCCAUUGGCGGUAUCUCCGAGCUGUUCAUCAACGUCCCCGCUUACGGUAUCGCUUACUCGCGCGCACCACCCAACAUGCGUGGUCUCGUUUCCGCCAUCAACCUCUUCUCCACCGCUAUUGCCUACCUCAUCGGUCUUGCCUGCUCCGCCGUCAUCAAGGAUCCCUACCUCACCUGGGACUUUGGCGGUUGUGCCAUUGCCGGCGGUAUCCUCACCGUCAUCUUCUGGUUCCUGUUCAAGCACAUUGAUGACGAGGAGUACACUCUUUCGCAGUCCGAUGACCACCACGUCACUCAGCAGGGCCAUGAUCCCACCAUGGAUGGCCACAACCCGCACAACCCUGUCAUUGGUACCGACCCUGACCAGGUUUACGAGUAUGAGAAGAAGGGCGAGAAGGUGCCUACUGCUUACUAA